GAUUCAUUGACAGAUAGAAACCUCCUAACAGGAUUCAAGAAGGGGCAUACUUUUGUUUAGUGAAAGAAAGUCACUUCAUUGAGAUUUCCAAAUUAUAAAGUUUUGAUUUUUAGGUCAGUUCGGAAGUUUUUGUGGCACUUCCGUCUCUUUUGUGUUCUGUCUUGUUGUCCUUUAGAGAGGUUUGAGAGUUUGUGUAAUGGAGAGUAAUGAUGACCAAAACUUGGAGGCUAUUAAUGCGUCAGUAGGAAGAUUGGUAUGGGUUCGUCGCCGCAACGGGUCUUGGUGGCCUGGACAGACUCUAGUUCAUGACCAAGUUCCUGAUAACUCUUUGGUUUCUCCAAAAGUCGGCACUCCAAUAAAGCUUCUAGGUCGUGACGAUGUUAGCGUGGAUUGGUAUACUCUUGAAAAUUCCAAGACGGUUAAGGCGUUUCGUUGUGGAGACUAUGAUACUUGCAUUGAGAAGGCAAAGGCGAGCUCUAGUAAGAAGAAGACUGGCAAGUGUACUCGCCGAGAAGAUGCCAUUAACAAUGCUCUCGAGAUUGAGGAUGAACAUCUUGCAAAAGAAGAAGAUAAUUUGUGUACUUUAUCUGGUGAGGAAGAUUCUAAAAGGUGUCUUUCUGGCAAUGAGGAUGAGGAUUUGGGAUCCUCUGAUGCAGAAGAGACUGAAGAUGAAUUGGACUCAGCGCCAGAGCAAUUGCAAUCCAGUAUGUCAUCACAAGAAAUGAAUAACGUUGGAGCUUCUAAAGUGCAGCCAAAGAGAAGAAGAACACCAAAUGACUCGGAAGAUGAUGGGACUGAAGGAGUCAAGCGAAUGAGAGGGCUUGAGGAUAUUGGGAAAGAACAGGCUGGUGCUAUAGUCGAGCAUAAGGAAGAAUUGGGUUUGAUCUGUGCUGUAAGUCUCAGUGAUUCAGUGUCGAAUGGAAAUAUUAUUGCCAAUGGGAACAAGGUAUGCUCCCCACUAAAAAGAAAAAACUCACAAGUCCUAAAUGUUAAUGAGUGCUCUAAAAGGAAAAACCGACGCCGGCAAUUGACAAAGGUGUUAGAGAGUACAGCUAUGGUCUCUGUCCCUGUUACCUGUGACCAACUUGUCAGUUUGGAUUGUCAAGAGAUUUAUGACAGCAAAGUAUCAGGAAUGGAGUCUGUUGAAUCCAUGAAAAGCGUAUCUGUUGUAAUCAACAAUAACUCGGACAGCACCGGGAUUUCAUGUGAGGAUGCUUAUGAAAAUGUUGUCGGAGCCUCCCAUAACAACAAGGCAAAAGACAGUGAGAUUUCCAGCAUAUCAGUUUCGGCAGAGGAUGAUUCUUCUGACAGAUUAUUUGAUGUUCCACUAACUGGAGAAGAAAACCACUCAGAAGGCUUUCCGGAAACUUGUAGAAUCUCCUCAUCAAGGAAAGCUCUUGUUGCUGAUUUAACCAGGCGGUGUGGUCGAAGUAGUCACAAUGUGUUUGUUAAGAAUGAGGGAAGUAAUGGAUCAGCUUGUACAAGUCCACCAGCUUCAGAACCUGUCAACUGUAAUUUGAGCGGGAUUGAGAAGAGCACUUCUAAGUGGAAGUUAAAAGGAAAGAGAAACUCAAGGCAGAUGAGUAAGAAACAAGAAGAGAGAAGAAAUGUGUACGGUGAAGAAGCUAAUAACAACAGUUGUACGCCUCAUUCUGCGCUGUACGAGGUGAAAAUUGAGGUAAAAGCAAACUAUAACAAACCCCGUGUUCCGCUGGUGUCUCGUAUGAGUGAAUUGAAUGGCAAAGCUAUUGUUGGGCAUCCUUUAAGUGUUGAAAUCUUGGAAGAAGACUACUCCAACGGUAUGGUGAUGCCUCAAGUUGUUGCGAAGGCGAAGUCAUUGUCCAAAAAGAAUGGCAAGAAGAGGAAGUCACGUGGUUUUUCAUGGAAUUCAAAGAAGAAAUCGUCUUCCCUGUCAGUAAAGACGAGGCGGCUCUCUACUCUAACGAGCCAGAGGUUGACGGAAAGAAGCAAGAAGCAGACAACAGAAAAGGCAAAGGAAACGGUUGUAGCUUGUAUACCGUUGAAAGUAGUUUUCAGUAGGAUAAACGAAGUGCUGAAAGGCUCAGCAAGACAAACACAGCACCGAGCAUUGCCAUCUGCAGCCAAAAUAUGAGAGAGAGAAGAUAAAUUUUUGGCUGGCUUUACGUUUGUUUGUUUUCCCUUCAUCGAUCUGCCUGGGUUUUGAAGCAUAAACUAAGAUGAAAAUAGGCUGCUGCUUUGAAGAAGUUGGAAGUGAGUAAAUGUAAAUAUAUCAGUAGUUAGUGGUUGAGGUGUAAAACUGAGAUUAGGUGGGAGGGAUGAGAAGAUUGAUGCUUAGAAAGAAUUUUGCUUGUAUCAGGUAACUCAUUAUUGUUUGUUUUUUUUUGUACUCUCAAGUUCUCUUGUAUCGAUGAGGAAGAAAGUCUUUUCUUUUUCUUGCUGUGUUUAUCAUUCUGUUUCAGAAAGUUCACCGAAUCUUUGAUCCUUUAGAAACACUUACAAGAGCAAACUCUUAAUAAAAGGGACUGGAGACA